UGUCAGCAAUAUCCCUACUAAUCUCUGCUGCAAGGUACUGCACUUGUGAAUCCGUAACCUUAAAAAUUUUGUGACAGUAAAGAACUGAUUAGGAGCAGAAAAAAAAAAAUCUGAGGAUGGUACUGGAAAGUAGUGUUGACGAGCUGAUGACUUAUUUUAAGACGCAUAAUAAAGUGCGUGAGCAGCAGAGCCACACAGCCAAGGUACACAGUGUUGGCUGGAAUUGUGAUGGCAAAUUCCUCGCCUCUGGCUCUUUCGACAAGUGCGUCUGCAUAUUUUCACUCUCGCCCGAUCGCUUGAAACUAGAAACUACAUUCAGAGGCCAUGGAGGCAGUGUGGACCAAUUGUGCUGGCAUGCAUCAAAUCCAGAGCUCUUGUCCACCGCCAGUGGAGACAAGACAGUACGAAUAUGGGACACGAGAACUCAAAAGUGUACAGCAAAUAUCAGUACUAAGGGAGAAAAUAUCAAUAUUUCCUGGUCACCAGAUGGUAACACCAUUGCAGUUGGUAACAAAGAAGACUUGGUUACAUUUAUUGAUGCCCGUACAAUGAAAAUUAAAAUUGAAGAGCAGUUUAACUUUGAAGUAAACGAAAUAUCUUGGAACAAAGACUCUGAUACUUUUUAUCUGACCAAUGGACAAGGCUGUGUGCAUAUACUAAACUACCCUAGCCUUGAACUUUUACACGUGAUUAAGGCUCAUCCAGGCACCUGUAUUUGUAUUGAGUUUGAUCCAACUGGGAAAUACUUUGCAACUGGUUCAGCUGAUGCACUUGUUUCGUUGUGGGAUGCCGAUGAGUUAUGUUGUUUAAGGACAUUUUCUAGAUUAGAUUGGCCUGUUAGAACAAUAUCAUUCUCCCAUGAUGGAAAAUUAUUGGCAGCUGCUUCAGAAGACCUUAUCAUUGACAUUGGGGAAGUUGAAACUGGUGAGAAAGUUACUGAUAUACCAGUUGAAGCUGCAACUUUUACCGUAGCUUGGCAUCCAAAACAAUAUUUUCUUGCUUAUGCAUGUGAUGAUAAAGACAAUUAUGAUAGAAAAAGAGAUGCUGGAAGCUUAAAAGUCUUUGGAUUCCCGAGUGAAAAUUAAUUAAUUAGUAUUGUACUAUAUUUAAAUAAACUAAUCUUUUUGUAAAAAAUAAUCUG